AUCACCCAUGGUACAUUGGGGCUACUGACGCGCACACACGGAAGGUUUGGACAAAGGAAAGCGUUGGCAGUGAGUCAGACGAAGACGACCUCAGAUCUCAGCAGAAGCUGAAUUCAGCAGCAGCAAUACAAGGGAAAUCACCCAUUUAACUGAGCAGCCUGGACUCGGCCUGUAAUUACCUCAGCAGGAGACUGCAGGAAGGUGAGGAGGUCGACGCAUUGACAUUAAGUUCCUUGACUACAAUACCAUGACUACUUUCCGCUUUGGACAGCACGUCAUCAAGGCCUCGGCUGUCUUCCUUCAGACAGAGCUGUCGUUCGCCUUGGUCAACCGCAAACCAGUGGUGCCUGGACAUGUGUUGGUGUGCCCUCUGCGUCCCGUGGAGCGCUUCCGUGACCUGCGCGCGGACGAGGUGGCUGAUCUGUUCAGCGUGACGCAGCGGGUGGCCAACGUUGUGGAGACGCAUUUCUGCGCCACCUCUUCGACCAUUGCCAUGCAGGAUGGCCCUGAAGCUGGACAGACUGUGAAGCACGUCCAUGUCCAUGUGCUGCCCAGGAAGACUGGAGACUUUGAAAGGAAUGAUAGUGUCUACGAUGAGCUCCAGAAACACGACAAGGAAGAUGAAGAUGUUCCUUCUAAGUGGCGAACAGAGGAGGAAAUGGCAGCAGAAGCUUCAGUCCUGAGGAAACUCUUCAGUUAGCCUUCUCUGGUAAACCACCCCAAUGUUACAAUGUCAGAGAGAAAUAUUAGUCCUCAGACCCAGAAAGAGCUUUGAAAUAUUAGGCCCCAGUAUGAUUGUGUAUACUUUUAUUAUUUCCUGCUUCAGGGCCAAACAGCUUUUUUUCCACCCUUCAGGAGAGGAAAAUGUAUCACCUUUCUCAACAUCACAGUUUUCUUUUUUAACAGUUCACUGGAAAGGUUCAUUAUUAUUCAAUAAACUGUUGUCUGUGUGGAAA